UGACGGCGCGGCCCAGCCCCGGGGGCGCGGGAUCUCGGUGCCAGUCUGCGCCGGGGCGCGCUCGGGGGCGCGGCGGGUGGCACCGGCUGGCAGCCGCGGGCUGGGUGCCCGGUGCCCCCGAGGGAGGGGGUGACUGCUAGCUCCAGCCUGGCCCUCCCCGCUCCCUUCACCCCCCCCCAGCCACCCGCCACUCCCCGCCUGCAUUCACCUCCACUAAAUCAGCACAGGGCAGCGCGAUUUUGGGGGGCCCGCUGCCUCAGGGUCCUGUCGGGGGGCGCCCCAUGGAGACGGGCCUGCUGAGGCCGGCGCCGGUGAGCGAGCUGAUCGUCCUGCAUUACAACUACACCGGGAAGCUUCGGGGCGCCCGCUACCAGCCCGGCGCCGGGCUGCGCGCCGACGCGGCCGUGUGCCUGGCGGUGUGCGCGCUCAUCGUGCUGGAGAAUCUGCUGGUUCUGGGCGCCCUGGGGCGCCACCCGCGCUUCCACGCACCCAUGUUCCUGCUCCUGGGCAGCCUGGCCCUGUCGGACCUGCUGGCCGGCGCCGCCUACGCCGCCAACAUCCUGCUGUCGGGGCCCCUGACCUUGCGCCUGUCUCCAGCCCUGUGGUUCGCCCGGGAGGGCGGCGUGUUCGUGGCGCUGGGCGCGUCCCUGCUCAGCCUCCUGGCCAUCGCGCUGGAGCGCCGCCUCACCAUGGCGCGCAGGGGGCCACCUCCGGGCCCGUCCCGUCGGGGGCGCACGUUGGCGCUGGCGGCCGGCGCCUGGGGGCUGGCGCUGGGCCUGGGGCUGCUCCCUGCGCUGGGUUGGAACUGCCUGGGGCGUCUGGAGGCCUGCUCCACCGUGCUGCCCCUCUAUGCCAAGGCCUACCUCCUCUUCUGCGUCCUGCUCUGCCUGGCCGUGCUGGCCACCAUCUGCGCCCUGUAUGGACACAUCUACUGCCAAGUGCGCUCCAACGCGCGCCGUCUAGGGGCCCGGCGUCCGGGGGGCCCCCCUGGGCGCACCCCUCGCUCGCUGGCCCUUCUGCGCACCCUCAGCGUGGUGCUGGUGGCCUUCGUGGCCUGCUGGGGGCCCCUGUUCUUACUGCUUCUGCUCGACGUGGCGUGCCCUGCCAGGGCCUGCCCGGUGCUCCUACAGGCCGACCCCUUCCUGGGCCUGGCUAUGGCCAACUCGCUUCUGAACCCCAUCAUCUACACUCUCACCAACCAAGACCUCCGCCACGCACUGCUGAGGCUACUCUGCUGUGGCCGCCGCCCCCGAGGGGCAGGACUUGGAUCCAGCGCCCCUCGACGGGAGGGGACAGUUGGCGCUGGCCCAGGGGCCUCGGGAGCCCUGCACCACUGGCUGACUCCCAGCUUAGACAGUCGCUCCAGCCGCUCAGGGCGCUCCUCGCCACAGAGAGACAUCAGCGGGGACACCGGGGGGCCUGGGGACCCCCCCACCACGACAGUAGCGGCUCAGACUCUGGCGCCCACCCCCACCAAGGACUGAGUUGUGUCCUGCUGCUAAGAACUGCCCUCCCCAAACUUCCUUCUUCUUUUUAUUAUUAUUAUUAUUAUCAUCAUUAUUUUAUUUUGGAAAUGAAAGAAUUUACAAGAACAAGAGGGGAAAAUACACAGUAAGAGAGAUGACAGAAAAUGCAGAUUGGGGACACAUCCUUGCCCCCCUGGGAUGCUCACAUUGAGGGUGAUGGAGCUUAAGCUGUUACAUCAAAGUGACCCCGAUUUGAAGGGGUGGUGUCCCCAUGUCGCAUAAGCUGGAGAGAAGUCAUCCUGGGACUUACACCCUUACCCAGCAAAAGGAACAGCAUUUGGGCACCAGGGCAUGGCAGGUGCAAAGGCCCUGAGGUUGGUGGCUGCCAGGGGUUUGAUUUAAACGCCUGGUUUUUUUUUUUUUUAACUUUAUGUAUUUAAUCUGAUAGGACAGAGAGAAA